CUGCGCACCCGGCUCGGCUGCCCGGCCCGGUGGCUGCGGCGGCGGCUGCGGGCGGCUUCUGGCUGCUGCGGCCAUGGAGGCUGGCGGCGGGGCGGGUGCGGGCGCCGCGGGCUGGAGCUGUCCCGGCCCAGGAUCUACGGUGACCACUUUGGGCUCCUACGAGGUGACUGAAGGCUGCGAGAGGAAGAAAGGCCAGCGCUGGGGGGCUCUAGAGCGGCGUGGGAUGCAGGCCAUGGAAGGGGAAGUGUUGCUUCCAGCUCUCUAUGAAGAGGAAGAAGAGGAGGAGGAGGAAGAGGAAGAAGAGGAAGAAGCAGAGGAAGAGGAAGAGCAGGUGUCAAAGAAAGGCAAUGGCAAGGGCUCCCUGUCACUCAGCAAGCACCGGGGGCUGAGCCUUACUGAGACCGAGCUGGAGGAGUUGAGGGCACAGGUGUUGCAGCUGGUGGCGGAGCUGGAGGAGACGCGAGAGUUGGCGGGGCAGCAUGAGGAUGACUCUUUGGAGCUGCAGGGGCUCCUGGAGGAUGAGCGGCUAGCCAGCGCCCAGCAGGCAGAGGUGUUCACCAAACAAAUCCAGCAGCUCCAAGGUGAACUGCGAUCUCUACGGGAGGAGAUCUCCCUGCUAGAGCGUGAAAAGGAGAGCGAGCUGAAGGAAAUCGAGCAGGAGCUGCACAUGGCCCAGGCUGAGAUCCGCACUCUGCGCCAGGCAGCAGAGGACUCGGCGACCGAACAUGAGAGCGACAUCGCCUCCCUGCAGGAGGACCUCUGCCGGCUGCAGGGCGAGCUGGAGGAUAUGGAUCGCAUCCGCGGGGACUACGAGCUGGAGAUUGCCAACCUCCGCGCAGAGAUGGAGAUGAAGGGUUGCGACCCAACCAACAACUUGAGCAGCUCAGAUUUCUCUGAGCUACAAGAAGAAUUACAGCAACUGCGGGAACGCUACCGCUUCCUGAAUGAUGAGUACCGGGCCCUGCAGGAAAGCAACAGCAGCCUCACCGGGCAGCUUGCAGACCUGGAGAGUGAGAGGACACGAAGGGCAACGGAGAGAUGGCUGGAGUCCCAGACACUAAGGACCACGAUAUCGGCAGAGUCUCAGACCAUGGAAAUGGACUUUCUGGAGCCCGAUCCUGAAACAGAGCUGUUACGACUGCAGCUGCUGGGAGCUGAGGAGCAGGUGCAGGACAUGCAGAAGAAGUGUAGUGAUAUGUCUUCUGAGCUGCAAGAGCUCCAGCUUUACCGUCGAAGCAGUGAGGAGGAACAGAAGCGGCUGCAGAGGGAGCUCAAGAGCGCCCAGAAUGAGGUGCUUCGCUUCCAGACGUCCCACAGCGCUGCCCAGAACGAGGAGCUGAAGAGCAGGCUCUCUGUCCUGCAGAAGAAGUACGAUGUGAGCCAGGAUGAGCAGAACGAGCUCCUGAAGACGCAGCUGCAGCUUCAGUCUGAGCUCCGCGAGCUCAAGGUCAAAAACUCAGUGGCAGAGUGCCAGGCAGAGAAGGAGUUACAUUGCCGGCUCCAGAGGAUGCAGCUCCAGUACCAGAACACCUUAUGUGAGAAGGACAAGCUGAAGGAGACACAGCAGCAACUGAAAGGGGAGCUACGAUGCCAUGAGGCUGAGGUCCAGCGCCUCAGGGACCUGGUGGCCUCCUUACAUGACACUAAUGAGAAGAAUGAGCAGCUCUGCGCCCAGCUUCAGGAGGUGAAGCACCUGUACCAGUGCAGCACGGAGGAGCUGGAGAGGCAGAAGCACAUGUUUGACCAGCUUGAGCAGGACUUCCAGCUCUGCCAGGAGGAGCUGACACAGCUCAAAUGCUCCCAGUCAGAGGACAAGAUCAAGUGCACUAACAAGUGUGACGCACUGCUGUACAAGCUGACAGAGCUGCAGGAGAAGUACAAGGCCAGCCAGAAGGACAUUGCGGACCUGCAGAUGGAGCAGUGCCAGCUCCUGGAGGAGCAGCGGCGGAUGCAGGAGGAGCAGGGCCAGCUGCAGGAGGAGCUGCACAGGCUCACAGUCCCUGUCCCCAAAUCUGGCCUCCUUCACAAGAGCCAGCAGCUGCUGCUGAAACUCCAAGACCUGGGUGAACUGCAGCUGCUGUACAAAGGCAUGCAGGAGGAGCAGAAGAAGCUCGUACAGAACCAGGAGAGCGUGUUGAAGGAGCAGCUCCAGCUGCACCAAGAACUGCAGGCUUUCAAAGACUCGCGUUUCCGGAGUGUGCUAGAGAGUCCUGAGGAGUCGAGGGUGUCCAAGAACUUCAAAAGUGGGCAGAUUAAGUCCAAGGUGGUGAUGGCCCAGAUGCAGGUACUGCAGGAGCUGUACCAGUCCAGCCAGGCCGAGCAGGAGCUGCUGCAGCAGGAGCAGGGCCGCCUCCUGGAGGAGCGCAAGAGGCUGCAGGCCGACCUGCAGCUGUGCCUGGAGGAGAUGCAGCUGCUGCAGGAGCGCUCGCCGUCCAUCAAGAUGAGCCUGGAGUCCCACUGGAAGAGCUCGGGCGGGGCGGUGGAGUGCAAGGACAGCUUCCACCGCAGCUAUGUCAGCAGCCAGGUCAGCGAGGAGGCCUUCCUCCGCAGCUACGACAGCAGCACCAGCGUCCUCGAGCCAUGUGACAAGGGCAGCUCGCGGGCCAGCUGCAGCAGCAGCAGCGUCGCCUACAACCGGAGCUACCGCAGCAGCGCCACCUCCGACCUCUGCCACAAGAGCUACUGCAGCAGCCUGGACGACGAGCCUGCUGAGCCCGAGGACAUGGAGAACUUCGAGGAGACAGUGGCCAAGGUGCUGACUAAGCUGCAGGGGGUGCAGGCACUGUGUCAGCUCAGCCAGGAGGAGCACGACGCGCUGCAGGGGCGCAUGCAGGCGUUGCUGGAGCUGCAGCGGGGACUGCGGGAGGAGAUGGACGUCUGUGAGCGCCAAUUCAGGGAGUGCAUGGAGUGCCUGGAGAAGCCUACUGGUGGCGACAAGGACAAGAACGAGAUCAAGGAUCUGCAGGUGAAGCUGCGGGAGCUGCAGCUGCAGUACCAGGCCAGCAUGGACGAGCAGGGCCGGCUCCUGGCGGUACAGGAGCACCUAGAGGGGCAGCUGCAGUGCUGCCAGGAGGAGCUUCGGCAGCUCAGAGAGAAGCGCGCGCCAGAGACUCGGUCCAAGAACAGCCACAAGAACAUGAACAAGAAUGCCAACUCUACCAAAGAGGUGGAGAAGGAGAACAAAACCAACCCGGGCAGGGCCAAGGCCGGCCCGGAGACCGGCAAGAAUAUGGAGGUGGUGCUGUACUACAAGGCCCCCUGCACCGAUCUGAAAAACAUAGCAAACAAGCAAAAUGCCGAGGGUGGGGAUGCGAAACCGGAGCAGGACAAGAACCCGGAAGAGCAGGACAAGAACCCGGAAGAGAACAUCCACAAUGAUCCAGGCGCUGGUUUGCCAAGUCAGGUCCAUCAGGCAGGGAAUCCAAAGCCCUCACUCCAUGAGGACCAAGAUGACUGUGGAGACAAAGAGAACCAAGAGACCUGCGACGACUCUUGCCCUGAGACUUCGGAGGAGAACCCCCUCAAACUUUCUGACAGCAAAAAGAAUGUGUUCGGGAUGUGGAAGCCUAUGGUGUUCCUGGCAAUCGCAGCCGUGGCGCUGUAUGUGUUACCCAGCAUGCGGCAGCAGGAGACAGACUUCCUCAUGGAGUGACGGUGGCAGGCCAGGGGCCAGUGUGGAAGCAGGUUGCCCCCCAUCCCCCUAGCAGCUAUACCCCUCAGUUGUGGGCAGGUCAUGCUGGGCCAGAGCCCCCAACCCACCCGAAUAUUCCGUGUGCCCCUAUCUCUUCAGCCUCUGUCACCUGGGCUGGGACGGGCGUCUGGGAAGCCAGCAGCCUCCAUUUCCUGCCCUGAUGUAAGAAACUGGGUUCCUUGUGAUUAAAUAGCCACCAAAUCA